GUCGUUAUUUAUUUUCACUUGAUGGCAAACGUGCAAUGUACUAAGAGCCAAGUGCGAAUUGCUCCUACUUAUUCCAGCCUUUUGCAAUGAAGGUACAGGACGAUUUUAUUUUAACUAUUGAUGACUCAGAGGAUGAUAUUCAAUAUGAUGACAACGAUGUCGAUGCUGCAGAAGAGGGAGACAAAGUUCCAGUAAAGACACCUAAAAAGAAAUCGAAAAAGCAGAAAGGAAAGGAGGAAAGUGAAUUUAGCAACGAUUUUAUGUUUGAAACGGACGUAAAUCAAGGUCUCGUUACAGAGGAAGAUUCGAAUUGGGAUUUUGACCUUUCCGCAAAAUCUGGUUACCGUGAUGAUUCGAAUGUAGUAAAUUUGGACGCGAUUAUCGAGCGUAAUCGCAUCAAGGAUGUCUCAAGUGAAGAUGCUGAAAGGGAACAAAACUCAACAGCAAAGGAAGAUCCUGAGGAAGAAGAUAUUACCCUGCAUUCAGAUGACGAAGAUUUAGCCGUCGAUGGUUUUGGUACUGGAGCGAAAACAUUGGAGGCUUCUGAUCAGGAAGAGGAGGAAAACAACGACGAUGAUGAUGAUGACAUUACCGAACCUGUUCCCUCAUUUACACCCUUACAGAACGGUGUAGAAGGAUUAAACGAAGAGUCAUCUGCUUCAAGUGACGAGGAAGACGAAGAGGAGGUUGCUAAAAAGAAUGCUUAUUUCUCCGAAGGAGACAAAGACAGCGCAGAUAUAAAAAUGCAAUCGUCUUUUCAAUCUAUGAAUCUAUCUCGGCCUAUUCUGAAGGGUCUUUCCAAAAUGGGUUUUGAACAGCCUACCCAAAUUCAAUCAAAAACAAUUCCAGUUGCUCUUCUUGGAAAAGACAUUGUUGGUGCUGCCAUCACUGGUAGUGGUAAGACUGCUGCAUUCAUUGUCCCUAUUUUAGAGCGUUUACUCUAUCGUCCUAAAAAAAUACCUACUUCCAGAGUAUUGGUCUUGGUUCCCACUCGUGAGCUUGGUAUUCAGUGUCACAGCGUAGCUACAAAGAUUGCUGCUUUUACUGAUAUCGUUUCAUGCUUAUGUGUCGGUGGUUUGUCCUUAAAGCAGCAAGAACAAGAACUUCGCAAGCGACCUGAUAUCAUUAUUGCUACCCCCGGUCGUUUUAUUGAUCAUAUGCGAAAUUCGCAAGGCUUUACGGUUGAACAUAUUGAAAUUAUGGUUAUGGACGAAGCCGACCGAAUGCUUGAUGAUGGUUUCGCUGAUGAAUUAAAUGAAAUUAUUAACAGCUGUCCUAAAUCUCGGCAAACAAUGCUGUUCUCCGCUACAAUGACUGAUAAAGUUGACGAUUUAAUUCGUCUUUCUUUAAAUCGACCAGUCCGUCUCUUCGUAGAUGCCAAAAAAUCAACUGCUAAGCUACUCACUCAGGAAUUUAUUCGUGUUCGUCCUCAACGUGAAGUCCUUCGUCCAGCAAUGCUUAUUUACUUGUGUAAGACACUUUUUCAUAAAAGAACCAUUAUUUUUUUCCGAAGCAAGGCCUUUGCACAUAAAAUGAGGAUUAUCUUUGGACUUUUAUCCUUAAGCGCUACCGAAAUCCAUGGUUCUUUGUCUCAGGAACAACGUAUUCGUGCCUUGGAGGACUUCCGGGAUGGUAAAUGUAAUUAUCUAUUGGCCACCGAUGUUGCUUCUCGUGGUAUUGAUAUUAAGGGAAUCGAGGUUGUUAUUAAUUAUGAAGCUCCUUCAUCGCAUGAAAUUUAUCUUCAUCGUGUUGGACGUACGGCUCGUGCUGGUCUAAGCGGGCGGGCAGUAACUCUGGCAGGCGAAGGUGAUCGGAAAGUUAUUAAAGAUGUAUUCAAAACUUCCGCAGCCCAAAAUACAAAGGUGGUUAGUCGAAAUCUUGAGUUCGAUAAGGUAGAAUCAUACGGGAAACAAAUUAAAGACUUGGAAGACGUAGUCAAUAAAGUUUUGAAUGAAGAGAAGCAAGAGAGAGAGAUUAAAAUUGCUGAACGUGAUUUGAAAAAGGGAGAGAACAUUAUUAAGCAUAGUGAUGAAAUUCGCUCCAGACCCGCUCGUACUUGGUUCCAAAGUGAAAAGGAAAAGAAGGCUUCUAAAGCUCAAACUUCUGAAAACCCUGAUAAAACGUCUCUAGCUAAGAGGAAAAAACAGCUUGAAAAAGAGGAAAUGCCCCGUUCCUAUAAGAAAACUAAAAAGGAUAGAAUGACAAAAACUCGAGCUGCAGGGAAGAAAUAAAGAAUGGAAUAUGCAUUGGUAUUAGGUUUAAAAUAGGUUUUGGGUAGUAACAGUUGUUAAUUAUUCUUUUA